AUGUCUUCUGUCUUAGAACACUUGUUGGAUGUGGAAGAACAUCAGCAACAACAUGUAGACUUCACAAAACCCAAAUUCCAGAUAAAAAAUCUGACAAAAGAUUCAGAUGAUGGAAAAAUUCACAUACUCAAAGGCAUCACCGUUGACGUUCCAAAGGGUGUGGUUGUUGGGAUCAUAGGCCCUAGUGGUAGCGGCAAGUCAACGCUCUUAAGGGCUUUGAAUCGCCUCUGGGAGCCACCUUCCUCCUCCGUCUUCCUCGAUGGGCAAGAUAUCUGCCACCUUGAUGUUCUUUCCCUCCGCCGUAAGGUUGCCAUGCUCUUUCAGCUCCCUGCUCUCUUUGAAGGGACAGUUGCGGACAACGUUAGAUAUGGUCCACAACUGAGGGGAGUAAAGCUAACAGACGAUGAGGUGGGGAAGUUGCUGACAAUGGCGGAUCUGGAUGCUUCUUUCAUGGAUAAAUCUGGUGCUGACCUCUCUGUAGGUCAGGCUCAAAGAGUUGCACUUGCAAGAACUCUAGCUAACUCACCUGAGGUUUUGCUUUUGGAUGAACCUACCAGUGCAUUAGAUCCAAUAUCGACGGAAAACAUAGAAGAUGCUUUGAUGAAGUUGAACAAGAAUAAAGGCAUGACACUAAUCAUGGUUUCUCAUAGCAUCAAACAAAUUCAAAGGAUGGCUGAUGUAGUGUGUUUGGUUGUUGAUGGUGAAAUUGUUGAAGUUCUUAAGCCUAAUCAACUCUCUCAAGCUAAGCAUCCAAUGGCAAGAAGGUUUCUUGAACUAAGUUCUUAA